CAGGUGAAGAGUUGACUGUGGUUCAGGGCAACAAACAGCAGCGUACGCCGCCGGUGACAUCAAUGGUGGAGUACGCGUCUAUUCAGGGAAAGGUCUGAGAGAGACCACUACUGGGGCUUACAUGGAGAGCUGAAACCGAAUAUGAGGUUAACGUCUUUAAUGAUGUACAUAUCUCUGGUUCUGCUAUUUAUUUUGUAUAUACAUAUCGGAUUUUCUGAAGCUGCACCCCGCAUCAGUCCCUACGAUGCGUCGCCUAUCUCCAGGAAGCCCGGCUCAGCCUCCGAAACCUGGGAGACCUUCCACACCGACAUGCCUCGUACUUUACCCGAGAGCAGGUUCGCUCUCGGGCCUCUAAUCGGACUCACACCGUCGCCUGCUUUUGUUUCUCCCGGGCCGACCACCACCACUACUAGCUCUAUUUCUAAAACGGCAACCACCUUCCAGCCUCCAACAACGGACCCAACCACCACCGCUACGUCUACUACUACAGCCCCUGAUACUGGAAUCAUUUCAGAAACUAAAGAACAAAUAACAGCGCCGAUUUCCAGAUUAAAUGGCGCACGCAAAAGAUCAGCCGAUGUACAAACAUCACUUUUUGCUCCGGAGAAAAUGCUGCAGACCAUGGUGUCCAUGGUUUCCCAGCGCACAGCAAACGAUGCUUGGGCAGCAGAUAAUAUUGGCACAUCUGUUACCUCAAUAGAGAAUAGUCAAGAGGGUCUCUGUAACUGCAGCAGUGGCGGCGAGGGGAUUUUGGACCCAGACGAGUGUGAGCCGAGCACCGGUCAGUGUUUGUGUGUGUCGGGCUACGCCGGUCUGCAGUGUGAGGACUGCGAGGAGGGACACUUCACCAACGGCACCAGCGGCUGCACGCCCUGCGCCUGUGACUCCUUCGGCGCACUGAACCACCUCUGUGACAGCUCAGGGAUAUGUAAGUGCAAGACGGGAGUGUAUGGACCCAAGUGUGAUGAGUGCCACCCAGGCUUUUUCCACUUCAGCAGCACUGGCUGCCGGCCCUGCCAGUGUCAGAACCACACGAACUACUGCCAUCCACAGUCUGGAGUGUGUCUGAACUGUGAGGGCAACACCCAGGGGUCCAAAUGUGAGGAGUGUAAGCCUGGUUUCUACCGCCUCGCUGGAAGUGCCCUGACCCAAGCCUGUGCACCGUGUCCCUGCUCCAACUCCACCUCCACCGCCACCUGUCACACCGAUCCCAGCGGCUCCCCAGUGUGUGACCAGUGCCUUCCCCGGUACAGCGGCCCGCAGUGUGACAAGUGUAGCCCCGGCUUCUACAAAGCAUCUGGCAUUUGUGCUCCAUGUGACUGCAGUGGGAAUGCAAACCCUCAGGACCCCGCCCAGCUCUGUCACCCCGACAACGGCCACUGCCUCCGCUGCAUCAACAACACCGCCGGGCCCCAGUGCCAGCUCUGUGCUCCGGGCUUCAUAGGGGACGCCCGAGCACACAACUGCACCCGUCCAACGACCCGGCUUUUUCCCAUACCAGCAGAUACUACCACGACAAAAGCCCCUGCAUCCAGCACAUCUUCUCCCUCCGCAACCACCACCGGCACCACUUGGACCUCCGCCGCAGCUUCCACGUCCGGCGGCAACACAAGCACGGCUCUUAGCACCGCCGCCGCCACCCAGGCGCUGUUGACCAGCCUGAGCAGCCCCACCGACAACACCACCGCAGCACUGACCGAGGUGUCCUGGACGCAGUUCAACAUCAUCAUCCUGGCCGUCAUCAUCCUGGUGGUGCUGCUGCUGCUGGGCUUUGUCGGAGGCGUGUACACCUACCGGGAGUACCAGAACCGCAAGCUCAACGCGCCCUUCUGGACCAUUGAACUUAAAGAGGACAACAUCAGCUUCAGCAGCUACCACGACAGCAUCCCCAACGCCGACGUGUCAGGCUUGCUGGAGGACGAGGCUAACGAGGUGGCGCCCAACGGCCAGCUGGCACUCACCACGCAGGGCAACUGCUACAAGGCUUAGUGCUCCAUCCAUGCCCAAACUGGACACCUAGAAUUACCGAUGACACAAAGCUGCUGGAAAAGAAAAACCCAAAUCCAAAGCUCCUUCAUGUAUGACUGCUUGUUGUUACCCCCCGCUGGUCUGCGCCUCACAACACAGUGAGAUUGAGCAGAUGUGAUGAUCAAAGAUGUGGAAAAUGAAAUGCAGAGUUUACACUUGAAACGUAUCCCCGUUUUGAUAUGAUUUGGGAUGUGUGGAAUGGGCGAAUCAGUGA